GAUAAAGAUCUGUUUGAAGAAGUGAAGUGUGCUGUACAAUGGGCAGCUUGGGUGAUGCAGCAGGAGCCAAGGAACUCUUUGCGAGUCUUUCUGACCCUGUAAUAAUUGAGCUCAACAGGCUACAAAAUAGUAUUUUGGAGAAGGAAAGGGAGUUGGGACUUGCUAAAAAUGAAAUAAAAGCCUUGAAGGGAACUGAAAUCUUGAAGGAUAAGGCCAUUAUGGAGUUAAGCAACCAACUGAAGAAAAUGGAUGAAAAACUAGGGAUCACUGAGAAACAGCUUGAACAGAAGAAUCUUGACAUCAAAAAACUAACCAACGAGACAAAAGAGGCGUUGGCAGCACAAAUUUCUGCAGAAGCAAUUUUAAGAAGGGUAUAUGCGAAUCAAAAGGAUGAGGAACUCACCCCUAUCGAGGUUCUCAUAGCACCACUUGAGUCAGACAUCAAACAAUACAGAAAUGAGAUUGUAAUGCUUCAAGAGGAUAUAAAAGCAUUGGAAAGAUUGACAAAGUCUAAAGAGGCAGCACUAGUGGAAGCGGAAAGUCUUCUGCAUAAUGCACUUGAACAAGUAAGGAAUGUAGAAGUCAUGAAAAACAAAAAUCUCGAAUUGAAAAGGCAAAUAGAGAUCUGCCAGGCAUAUUUCCUAUCUUUAAAUUAUUACUUUUGCAAAUUAACCAAGCAUCAAACCGGGCUCAAUGAUAUUUUUCUGCAGGAAGAAAACAAAAUUCUGGAGAAAACUUACAGAAAGAAAGUUGUUGAAGUGGAAAAACUUAUGAAAACAAUUCAUGAGCUUGAGGAAAAUAUUCUAGCUGGUGGUGCAAGUGCCAAUGCGAUAAGGGACUAUCAGCGCAAGAUCUCUGAGAUAAAUGAGGAGAAAAGGAUGGUUGAGAGAGAACUGGCAAGAGUUAAAGUUUCGGCAGGUAGGAUAGCUACAGCAGCAGCAAAUGAGUGGAAGGAUGAUGGAGACAAAGUCAUACCUGUCAAGCAGUGGUUGGAAGAGAGGAGAAUUUUGCAGGGGGAGAUACAGAGGUUAAAGGAUAAGUUAACUUUAGCAGGAAGAACAUUAAAGGCAGAGACUCAACUUAAGGAGAAACUAAGCUUGAGGCUGAAGACGUUGGAACAGUGCAUGAAGCAUUCAAGUCUUCCAGAAAAGACAAGAGACCUUUGUGAGAGGAAGAAGUGUGAAUUGGCAUCGCCCAAGGACCUCAAAAAGGUUUCUCAUGCACCCAACAAUGACACUGUAUUGCAGAAGCCUAACUUAAAUUCUGGAGAUGUUGAUAAUGCCCGAGGAAUGGUGAGCUUAAACUCAAAUGUUGUGAAAAAAAAUUCACUAGCUUUGAGAAGCAGGUCAUUCAAUGACACUGGGAAGGAAAAUGCAGAAACAAAUGUCAGGUCCAAUAGGUAUGCAGAUGAUGUUAUGAUGGGAAGAAACCAGGUCAACCAUGAGGUUAAUGAAAAAAAAUGUGGAGACAGCAAGUCACAAAAUGAGAACCAAGAAAAUGGCUACGAAGAUAUGGUGUCUGGGUUUCUUUAUGACAAACUGCAAAAAAAAGUUAUAAACUUGAAAGAAUCUCACAAGGACAAGGAUAAUGUAUUGAUCAUGAAAGAUGAGGAAAUCAAGUUUCUCCUAAGGAAGGUUGAUGUGCUAACGAAGGCUGUAGAAGUGGAAUCCAAGAAGAAAAGGAGAAAUGCACGAGAAAAGGAAAUGAUCAAGUUAGAGAACAACAAGCAUAAUAUUGACAUCUGAAUCAGUUCUGCAGGUUUCCAAAGUGAUUUGAAGCAUCAUAUGAAUUCAGAGCUUAGAAUUUGAACAUGACAUCUAAUAGCGUGUUGUAUCUGGUGAUUCUAAUGUACAAUUUCAACAUCAUAAUAGAGAAGAUUGUCCCUUCCCUUCUCUAUUUUUAAUCUUUUUAUUGUGUAUAACAUACAGUUGAGUUCCGAGCAUGUUGAAUUUUGUAUUUGAAGUAAAGUAAUAGAAAGGAAAA